GGCAGUAAAUGACCCGGAUGUGUAGCAGUAAGGAGGGCUGUAGCGGUAAAGAUGUCUCCCGGCGUGUUUAACCUGCUGGAAGCGCGGGAGAAACUCACGGCGGGUACAGGAAGUGCUCUGGGAGCUCGGAGCUGUAAACCCCUCACCAGCGCCUUCAGUCACCUGUCUGGAACUGAGGCGGAGAAGAAGAACACGUUGGAUCAGGUUCUGCGGGGAGUUCUGGAGGAGCAGAUCGUGAAACAUGGGAACGUUGAUGAGAACCUGUCUCUGAUCUACAUCAGCAUCAGUGCUGUUACUGAAGGUAUCUGUUCAGCCACCACUCCGUUCCUGCUGCUGGGGGAUGUUCUGGACUGUCUCCCGCUGGAUCAAUGUGAUAAAAUCUUCUCCUUCGUGGAGGAGAAUGUUUCCACGUGGAAAUCUAAUUCCUUCUACUCUGCUGGGAAGAACUAUCUGUUGAGGAUGUGUAACGAUCUGCUCAGACGACUCUCUAAAUCCCAGAAUACAGUGUUCUGUGGGCGGAUCCAGCUCUUCCUCGCCCGCCUCUUCCCUCUGUCUGAAAAAUCAGGUCUGAAUCUGCAGUCUCAGUUUAAUCUGGAUAAUAUCACCGUGUUUAAUAAGAAUGAGCAGGAGAGCACUCUGGGGCAGCAGAGCUCGGAGGUGAAGGAGGAUGGGAUGGAGGUGGAGGAGGGAGAGAUGGGGGAUGAAGAUGCUCCUGCUCCGUGUUCUAUUCCUAUAGAUUAUAACCUGUACAGGAAGUUCUGGACGCUGCAGGAUUAUUUUAGGAACCCGGUGCAGUGUUAUGAUAAGUUCUCCUGGAUGACCUUCGUUAAGUUCUCUGACGAAACUCUGGCCGUGUUUAAGAGCUAUAAGCUGGACGACACUCAGGCCUCUAAGAGGAAGCUGGAGGAGAUGAGGACGGCCGGAGGAGAGCACGUCUACUUCGCCAAGUUCCUCACCAGCGAGAAGCUGAUGGAUCUUCAGCUGAGUGACAGUAACUUCAGACGGCACAUCCUCCUGCAGUACCUCAUCCUCUUCCAGUACCUCAGAGGACAGGUCAAGUUCAAGAGCUCAAACUGUGUGCUGAAUGAUGAUCAGACAGCCUGGAUGGAGGACACUACUAAACUAGUCUAUCAGUUGCUGAGAGAAACUCCUCCGGAUGGUGAUAAGUUUGCUGGGAUGGUUGAGCACAUCCUGAACACGGAGGAGAACUGGAACUCCUGGAAGAACGAGGGAUGCCCCAGCUUCGUUAAGGAGAGGCCUGCUGAAACCAAGCCCACUCGCCCCAGCAGCAGAAAGAGAGCAGCGCCGGAGGAUUUCCUGGGAAAAGGUCCUGAGAGAAAGAUCCUGAUGGGAAAUGAGGAAUUGACGAGACUGUGGAAUCUUAACCCAGACAACAUGGAGGCCUGCAAAUCAGACAGCAGAGAGUUCAUGCCGUCUCUGGAGGACUUUUUUGAGGAAGCCAUUGAACAGGCCGAUCCAGCCAACAUGGUGGAGGACGAGUACAAGGUGGUGAGGAACUCUAAUUACGGGUGGAGGGCUCUCCGCCUCCUCUCGCGCCGCAGCCCUCACUUCUUCCAGCCCACCAAUCAGCAGUUCAAGAGCCUGGACGAGUACCUGGAGAACAUGGUCAUCAAACUGGCUAAAGAGCUGCCUAAGGAUCUCCCAUCUGAAGAGAUAAAGACCGGAGAGGAGGAGGACGAGAACGGAGUCAGUCUGCUGAAAACCGGCAGCGACAGUCUGCAGGCGGGUCUGCAGAAUAAGCCGGUGACGAACAGUCAGAUGGAUGAGAUCGCAGGGAAGCUGGGUGAUGGGUGGCGUUUGCUGGCGGAUCAGAUGGAGAUGAAAGCGUCGGAGGUUCGGGAGAUCGAGUCGGACAGCGAGGACGUGGACCUGCAGGCCAAGAUGCUGCUGGUGGCCUGGCAGGACCGCGAGGGGAACCAGGCCACCAUGGAGAGCCUGAUCACCGCGCUGAACGCCGCCGGCUUCACCGCCAUCGCCGACAGCCUCAGCGACGCGUAACGCUGAACGCUAAAGACUCGUAUACUUACACUGUGCACCCCCCUCUGAAAUAUCACCAAUAUAUAACAGCCAGCGGAGCAACACACCGAGACAUCAUACAGACUUCACUUCAGCUCAUUUAGCUAUGCUAAUGCUAAUGUAAUUUAGCCUGUUUAGUCUUACUGUUAAUAUAAUGAUUAUUAUGCUAUUGUAGAAUGCUGUCAGUUCUGAGAGCUGCUUUUCCAGGUGUUGUGCUGAAUCCUGCCUCCCUGCCAGAACAUGUCCUCCCUCUCUGACCUUCUACACCUUUUUAAUUAAAGAUUAAUCUAUAGUUACAGUAGAUACAGAAUCACCAGCACUGUAAUACGUUUUACCUAUACUGCUGCGUCACGCACCUGACAACCAGGGGGAGACGGAUUUCAGCACAACACCUCUUCUUUUUCUUCUUCUUCUACUAUUGUUUAAUUUGCUGAGUGUAGUUCAGUCUCAAAUUUGAAGUGUUUUAAACUGUUAAAGUAGCUCCAGACGAUCCUCAGAACUGAACCAAAACCAGGACUAAGAAAUGUCUCAGGCUGAAAAUUUUUCAGUGUGUUGCUCUGAAUGAGCUCAGUAGUAACUGGACUUGAAACAUCUCCCAUGAUUCCAUGUUUUAUUAAUGCUUGAAUACUUUAGAUCUUGUAUUUUUCACAAUAUGUUUUUGUACGAUUACUGUCUGAGAUUGUGUAGCAUUGUGUUCCUUCAAUAAAACUCAAGUGUUUUUGAUUUCA